CCAACUUCCACUUAUCAGUCAUUUAUUUUCUGUGCAGUAAAAAUGAUUAAUAUCGAAUUUUCUUCCACUAUCUGAGAUUGUAUUUGAAUUCUCUGGUUGGGUAAAGUGAAAGCAAUUGAGAAACAAACGUGAAGAUAAUGAAAUCACGAUAAACAAAAUGUAUACGAAAAGGUCGUGAUCUUUCAUUAUCAUAUUUCGACAUUGCGUUCGUUCGAUUUCUUCAAUGCUACUGCCGUUUUCAAUGAAUGUUUUCGUUUCAUCGAUGUUUUUGCCAUUCAGAGUGCGUCAAUAAAAUUUUGUAUUUUUGGAAACCUAAGAACGCUGUCAUGCUCAGGAUUAUAAAAUAUUAGUUACAGACUAUUUUAAAGUAUAUGUUAGUUUCUUGUUGAAAAUAACCACCUGAUUUCAGUGUCCGUAUUCGAAGUGACAUGUGGUGAACUUGUUGAACUGGAUUUGGUUGUUUCAGUGUUUUUAUGUAUAUCAUUUGAAAAUCAGAAAAGUUAUGUUUGUUAUAAGUUCCAAACAGAGUUUUUGUAAAUGGGUAUUACGGCACCAACACAGGUUGAAACAAGCAAAGCGUUCUUGUUCUCUGCAAAUUAAAGAAGCCCCUAUAUUUGAUGAUGGUCCCGAUGAAAAAAUAGAAGCAGAUUCGACAGCUACAUUCAGAUAUGAAGAUUUAACGACCAAAUUGGCAGAUCCAGCAAAAUUACGAACUAAACCAGAAGUGUGUGAUUUGAAGUUUGGAAAAUUCUUCAGUGACCAUAUGCUGAAGAUAUUUUACCAUAAACAACUAGGAGGUUGGCAAAAACCUGUUAUUGUGCCAUUCCAAAAUUUGAGCAUUCAUCCAGCAGCUAGAGUUCUUCAUUAUGCAAUACAGCUAUUUGAGGGCACGAAAGUAUAUAGAGGAGUUGAUGGAAAAUUGAGAUGGUUUCGACCAAAUUUGAAUAUGAUUCGCAUGAAUAGGUCAGCAGAAAUGAUAGGACUUCCAACCUUUAGUGGCUCAGAACUAGUAAAAUGUUUAAUAAGGUUGGUUCAGAUAGAUCAGGAGUGGGUUCCACAUAGUGAACAAGCCAGUUUAUACAUUCGACCUUCAUUAAUUGGAAUUGACGGAACGUUGGGUGUCCAACAAAGUGAUUCAGCUCUGCUUUAUACCAUAUUGUGUCCAGUUGGUACUUAUUGGUCAGAUGGUCAAGAAGAAUCCAUAGCGUUACUUGCAGAUCCAAGAUAUGCACGAGCGUGGCCAGGUGGUUGUGGAAGUAGUAAACUGGGAUCUAAUUAUGGUCCAACAAUCAGAAUACAAAGUAAAGCUAAUAAACGAGGGUACCAACAGGUAUUGUGGUUGUACGGUCCACAACAUUAUGUUACAGAAGUAGGAACUAUGAAUAUUUUCAUGGUAUAUGAAGAUGAAAACCAAGAUAAGGUGCUGGUUACUCCACCACUGAAUGAAUUGAUUCUGCCAGGUGUAAUUCGACAUUCUGUCUUAGAAUUGGUUAGACAGUGGAGAAAAAUCAGAGUUGAAGAGCGAAUGUUCACAAUGACAGAAUUGUUGAAAUAUCAAAGAUCUGGAAAACUCCUGGAAUUUUUUGGUGCUGGUACGGCAUGUGUCAUCACUCCAGUUUCAUCCAUUGAAUAUUUGGGAGAGGUCAUAAAAAUCCCCACCAUGGAACAGAACAAUCCACUUUACAAAAAGUUGAGAGACUAUUUAUCAGAUAUACAAUACGGACGAAUAGAGCAUCCUUGGGCAGUAGUUAUAUCAUAACAGUAGCUCAGUUAUUGCAAGUAUUUCAGAUUUGAUUAGGAUGUGUAUGUGAAGUGUCGAGUGUAGUUUUGUAAAAUCUACGAUGAUCUAAUCAAUCUGCAUACUGUGGUUGGAUGGACUUUGAACCUGUUCAUAUUUAUCACUUAGGGAUAAAUAUGUGCCCGUUUCGGAGUAAUGCUCGAUGGUAUUUCAACAGUCUGAGGUCAAAGUACCAGUCAAAGCAGGAAUAUUAGAAAAAUGUUUUUCAUUAUGUCCAAUGUUGGAUAGAUACAUUUACUAGCAAAUUUGUUUUUUAGGUCACAGGUAUAUUUGUUAGUUCGACUGUUCUGAUGUUAUUAUGAUUUUGAAAUUAAACAGGUGUUUCCAUGAACUCA